GGUCACAUGCAUCACCUCGCAGGCCUGUAAAAAGAGUCUGCCCACUCUUUGUUUUCUCAGCCAUAGGUUCUCUGUCACCUGAGACAGCAAAAGGAGACACCAUUAUUCCAUUAAUUCCUCUGAGCUUUGCUCUUCCUUCCUUCCUUCUCGAAAACCCACCCAAAGAGAGGAAGAAGAUGAAGAAACUAAGUCUUUUAGUAGUGUUCUCGGUUUUCUUGUUGACUCCACAGCAUCAUGUAGAGGCUAAGGGGAGUUUCAUAAGGACAAAUGGGCUGCAAUUUGUUCUGAAUGGAAGUCCAUUCUUUGCCAAUGGCUUCAAUGCCUACUGGCUCACCUACAUGGCCUCCGAUCCUUCUCAGAGUUACAAGGUCUCCAAUGCCUUCAGAGAAGCCACAAGCCGUGGGCUCUCUGUGGCCAGGACUUGGGCCUUCAAUGAUGGGGGGAGCGCAGCUUUGCAGUACUCCCCUGGUUCUUACAAUGAACAGAUGUUCAAGAGUUUGGAUUUCGUGGUAUCUGAGGCCGGAAAAUACAACAUCAGGCUUAUAUUGAGCUUGGUGAACAAUUAUGAUAGCUUUGGAGGGAAGAAGCAGUAUGUGCAAUGGGCAAGGAAUCAAGGACAGAACAUUGCAUCAGAUGAUGAGUUCUUCACCAACCCUGUGGUUAAAGGGUUCUACAAAAAUCAUGUCAAGACUGUGCUCACAAGAGUUAACACCAUUACUGGAGUUGCUUACAAGGAUGACCCAACAAUCUUUGCAUGGGAGCUUAUGAAUGAGCCAAGAUGCCAAUCAGAUCCAUCAGGAACGACCAUUCAGGCAUGGAUCACGGAGAUGGCUGCCUUUGUGAAAUCCAUAGACAGUGAUCACUUGCUGGAAGCUGGUCUUGAGGGAUUUUAUGGAGCAUCAUCAGCACAGAAGCAAUUCAAUCCAGGCUUUCAAGUGGGAACAGAUUUCAUAUCCAACAAUCAGAUUCCUGGCAUUGAUUUUGCCACCGUUCAUUCCUAUCCCGAUCAAUGGUUGUCUAAUACAAAUGAUCAAACGCAACUUGCUUUCCUGAACAAAUGGCUUGACUCCCACAUCCAAGAUGCACGCAGUAUCCUCCGCAAACCAUUGCUCCUAGCCGAGUUUGGAAAAUCCUGGAAAGAUCCUGGCUUCAGCAGCUCCCAAAGAGAUGAAUUGUUCAACACUGUGUAUUCUAAAAUCUAUUGGUCAGCAAGAACUGGGGGUGCGACUGCAGGUGGCCUUUUCUGGCAGCUCCUGACUGAAGGAAUGGACUCAUAUAGAGAUGGAUAUGAAGUUAUUCUAAAUGAAACACCUUCGACAAGCAACAUGAUCACUGCCUACUGCCGCAGGCUUCGCUAUUUGGGGAAGCUCUAUGCUAGAAUGCGAAACGUUGGGAAACUAGAGCAGGCUAAGGCCAUCAGAAGGAAGCAGUGGCAGGAUGAGAACAAGGGAAAGAAUGUAGGAAAUUAAGCUAGAUAAUAAGUUACACAGAGUGCAGAUACUUUGGCAUGAUAACAAGAUGAAUGAAAGCUUAAGCUUGCUAUUUCUUUGAGGUGACUUUCCUUCAUCCAAGGAAUGGCUUUGCUGAAUGGCCCCGAAUAUUUGCAGGCACUGGAAUGUAGUUGUUAUUGUUGUCUUUUAGAAGUCAACCAAGCAUUUAUCGUUUAAACUGUUGACCAAUAAAUUGUUCCCUCAAAAAAUGAUAGAAUAAGUUUUUCCAUACAUAAUUGAAAGAAGAAAAGAAUUUUUCCUGCCAA